GAUGUUGCUUGCCUAUCGCAUCCGAAGCUUGAAAUUGAAGACACAUCAUCGUCCCCUGUUUCCUCUUCGUCCUCGUCUGUUGAUUCUGAGGCAUCGAUCGCUUCCAUCCCGCCCACCCUCUCGCCGGUGGCGCCAGUUGAUGCCACAGAUGCUUUGGCCGUCCCCAACUGGCUGGCAAACAUUACAAAGCUAGGUGUGGGGUUCUUUGCAACGCUUCCGCAAGUAUCCAAGAUCACAUCUUGGAAGGACACCGCAUGUGUCUAA